CGAAUAUUAGCAUUCACAUCUCUAUCUUUUUUCCAUAGUUUAUUAUUUGUGGUUGGCGACACUUCGACACUAAUUGACUAGUUGUUAUUUAACUGUCAACUGGUAUGAAACCGAAAAAGUCUCAUUUCCUUCUAUCCAGCAUUUUGUUUGUAAAAAUCACUGUUUUGCAAACAUUUGUGAUUUAGGAUAGCCAUUUUAGUGGAUAUGCCGAUACUCAUCAAAGUGUAAGUACUAUCAAAACUAUGAUUUAAUAGUUAUAAAUAUUUCUACCCUAAGAGAAUCCCGCUCUUUUCACAUGACAUUUACCUGACAUUUCAUGAAUGACAUUUCGUAUUGUGAGGUUAUUAACUUUUGCCGUGUGUUUGGAAACGAAAAGGAUCUGUUGAAUUCGGAAUAAACUUUAGCUCUUUAAAUAUAUCUUGCCCCAACGAUGGGGCCCCCAAAGCGCGGUGGUAGUAACAAAGGUGAAGGCAAGACAAAGAAACGUAAGAAGGAAGAAGAAGAAUGGACCUACGAGGAAGAUGACACAAAUGACAUCGAUGAAACUGGGGAGGCUGAUAUCCCAGGAGCUGCAGCCCGAAAUGCAGAAAGGAAUGACCAAGGCGUGCAGGAGGAUGAAUUCGGAGCUAAAGAUUAUCGGUCUCAGAUGACCCUAAAGACAGACAAUGCAUCUAGGCCUUUAUGGGUAGCUCCAAAUGGACAUAUCUUCUUAGAAUCCUUCUCUCCAGUUUACAAACAUGCACAUGACUUUCUCAUAGCCAUAUCAGAACCAGUAUGUCGCCCAGAAUUUAUCCACGAAUACAAACUAACAGCAUAUUCAUUAUAUGCAGCUGUUAGUGUGGGUCUUCAAACCGAUGAUAUUAUCGAGUAUCUGAAAAGGUUGAGUAAAACAACAAUUCCUGAUGGCAUAGUUGAGUUUAUUAAACUGUGCACUCUUUCAUAUGGAAAAGUUAAGUUGGUUUUGAAGCAUAACAAAUAUUUUGUGGAAAGCCCAUUUCCAGAUGUUUUGCAAAAAUUGCUUAAAGAUCCUGUUAUUCAAGAAUGUAGAUUAAGGAGGAAUAUAGAGAACGAAAGUGAAGAGCUCAUUACACAGAAUAUAAAUCAGGUUCAAGAUAAGAAGAAUGUAGUAACCUUUGGAGCAAAACCAACUACUUCAAGUGAAGGUCAAGGAGAUGGUACAACUGUGCCUGAUGAUAUUACAAACUUUUAUGAGAAAAUGGAUAAUGAGGAAGAUGAUGAGGAAGCCUCUUUGCAAACAGUUUCUUUUGAGGUUAAUCAAGAAAAAAUUGAGGUUUUGCAAAAGAGAUGUAUUGAGUUGGAGCAUCCUCUUUUGGCAGAGUAUGAUUUUAGAAAUGAUACCAUCAACCCUGAUAUAAACAUUGACCUCCGACCCUCAGCAGUCUUAAGACCCUAUCAAGAAAAGAGUCUGAGGAAAAUGUUUGGAAAUGGUAGAGCAAGAUCUGGAGUGAUCGUGUUACCAUGUGGUGCAGGAAAGUCAUUGGUUGGUGUGACAGCAUGCUGUACAGUCAGAAAGAGAGCACUAGUUUUGUGUAACUCAGGAGUAUCUGUAGAACAGUGGAAGCAACAAUUUAAGAUGUGGUCUACAGCUGAUGACAGCAUGAUAUGUAGGUUUACUUCUGAAGCUAAAGAUAAACCAAUGGGUUGCAGUAUUCUAGUCACAACCUAUUCUAUGAUAACCCAUACUCAACGUCGAUCAUGGGAAGCAGAGCAAACCAUGAAAUGGUUGCAAGAGCAAGAAUGGGGAAUCAUGGUACUGGAUGAAGUGCAUACAAUCCCAGCUAAAAUGUUUAGGAGAGUUUUAACAAUUGUACAGUCACAUUGCAAGCUUGGCUUAACCGCUACCUUACUCAGAGAGGACGAUAAGAUUGCGGAUCUGAAUUUUUUGAUUGGGCCAAAGUUAUAUGAGGCCAAUUGGUUAGAACUACAAAAAAGAGGUUUUAUUGCAAGAGUCCAAUGUGCAGAAGUAUGGUGUCCAAUGACGCCUGAAUUUUACAGAGAAUAUUUAGUGUGCAAAACCAGCAAACGACUUUUGUUAUAUGUUAUGAAUCCUAAUAAAUUCAGAGCCUGUCAGUAUUUGAUAAGAUAUCAUGAGAGGAGAGGUGACAAGACAAUAGUCUUUUCAGACAACGUGUUUGCUUUGAAACAUUAUGCUAUUAAAAUGAACAAACCUUACAUCUAUGGACCCACUUCUCAAGGAGAGCGGAUACAGAUUUUACAGAAUUUCAAGUUUAAUCCCAAGGUAAACACGAUAUUCGUCAGCAAAGUGGCAGAUACAUCCUUUGAUUUACCAGAAGCUAACGUUCUCAUCCAAAUCUCCUCUCAUGGAGGCUCUAGACGUCAAGAGGCUCAAAGAUUGGGACGGAUCCUGAGAGCUAAAAAAGGAGCGAUAGCUGAAGAAUACAACGCGUUCUUUUAUACAUUGGUUUCACAAGAUACGAUGGAGAUGAACUAUUCAAGAAAGAGGCAGAGGUUUCUGGUUAAUCAAGGAUACAGUUACAAGGUGAUUACAAAGUUGGCUGGCAUGGAAGAAGAACCGGAUCUGUUUUAUAAGACUAGAGAAGAACAAGGACAGUUGCUGCAACAGGUACUUGCAGCUAGUGAUAUUGACUGUGAAGAUGAACGCAUUCCUGGUGAAGGUGGUGCCAAAUCUGGUGCAACCAGAAGAGCUGGCCACCUUGGAUCAAUGUCAGGAGCAGAUGAUGCUGUCUACUACGAAUUCAAAAAGUCUAACAAUGCUAAUAAGCAUCCGUUGUUCAAGAAGUUUAGAUAUUAAUUUUUUUAGGUGUUGUUAUACAAUAAAAGUUACUUUGAAGUUAUUAUGAGUUUUUUAUUCGUCCUGCACUAUAUGACACACACAGUGUAUCUGAGAAGUCAUGGCCAUCCCUACAAAAC